UAUUGAACUGUCCUUGUCAUGUCCUUGUUCAUUUCAGCUCCACCAAGAUGACCAACAGUACAUGGAAGCAUUUGAUCAGCUGUUAGAAUGUUGGACAUCCCUGCUAAGUGAGGCCACCCACUUCCCUCCAGCAUACUUCUGUAGCCACGCAAUCCAGAUAUUCAACUGCUACCUCCAGAGUCACUUGGGGGCGCCAGAUGGAACUCGGGAUCAGAAACAGAAUGGAGAUGCAAGUGAAGAUGAUGAAGAUGAAGAAAUUAACGAAGUGGAGGAAGAUGAUAGAGAUCUAUAUGCUGAUCAGCUGAUAAGUGUAGCAGCCAUGGGCAGAGCAACACCACAACAUAGUAUACCUAUAUUAACAAAGUUUCUGGAAGACAGAGCACACAGAUUACACAAUCAUCUAAAUAGGCAUCAGCACCAACAGCAUCAUAAUGUAGAUCUAGAUAUUAAAGGGCUUCAUCAAAUAUUUGAAGACGUCCAUUGGCUUACGUUAAUAACAGGCCACCUUCUAGCAGACGACUUCCGUGGCGAGACACCGAUCAUUCCAGAGCAGCUUAUACGAUACUCCCAGCUAGAAUCUCAACAUGUAAAUACAGAUGUCACACUAAAGGUUUUAGGUUCAAUACAAGAAGACCCCUCUUCAAUACCGGGUCAUGAAAAGGCUGAUAAAGUCAUUAGGUUAGCUGCAGCUGUCCUCCGUAUCUCUGAGAUUGAGAGGAGGGCCGUUCAGGCUCAGCUAGGUGAUCUAUGGAGUCCUCAGGUCGGUAGUACAGUCGUUUGGUUUCUACGGCGAUGGCUCUCAUCUUAUCUCAUGCUCAACGAAUCUUACUAUCAAGAGCUAAGUGUACCUUUAGCAGUUUGUUUUGGUAAGGGUACUGAAGGGAGUAAUUGGCUGACUGGUUUUCUUCUUGAGAAGUGCCUUUCAAAUCUGUCGGUGUGGAGCGGUGAGCAUGAACUAGCCAACGAUACAGUGGAUCUUCUAGUAGCUCUGGUGGAGAAAAAAGAAAGAUGUAUACCCGCUCUGCAGUGUGAGAGCUUCUGGACCAUAGCUAAGCAGCAUGCAAGCAGUUCACCACCCCUAGACCUUCUCCCUCUGGACAUCAAAUCAAAUCUGAUGAAAGCAUUGGUCCUGGCAGGGUCAUUAGCGAACAACCAAGAGAUCAAAGACAGGUUUAUGCAGGAGGUCCUUCUCCCAGUCCAGAAUCGCUUCAAGGGAUUGGUCCAGCAGGAGGACUUUGUCAGAAAAUCCCAGGAUGAAUCCCUCAAGUCAACCCUCUGCAUGCUUCUGAGCCACAUCCGGGGCAUCGUCAUGGGAACCCGCUUCAACUCCGCCGAUGAGCUCUUUCUCUUCACCAUGCCCCUUGCCACGGAGUCGGUUUCACUCAUCAGGACCUAUCAUAAUUGCUCUGAUGUUGUCGAGAUGGUGUUGGAAAUGUUUCUUGAGAUGGGCAGGAGACAGCUGACCUACCUCAAUAAGGCAAACUCCUUCAAGCUGUACGAGAUCUCACUGUCCCUCCUGGAGACCUACAACCAGUGCAAUCUUGGUAAGCAGACGCACGAUAUCCUAGCGGAAGAAGAGCAGUACCACGACAUAUCCAUCCUGAUUGAGCUACUUACAGAGAUCAUCUCCAAAGACAUGACUGAUUUCCUGCAUGAUGAUGAGCCAAAUCCAGCAAGCAAUGUUUCUGCUCCUGAUGUUGUCCUGUAUGGCCUCAACCUUCUUCUACCUCUUAUUAAUCAUGAACUUCUCAGGUUUCCAACCCUAUGUCAGCAGUACUUUCGGCUCGUCACAUCCAUCGGUGAGCUGUAUCCUGAGCGUCUUGUUCGCCUACCGGGUGCGCUCUUCCAGAACCUCAUGGCGUCGAUGGAGGCAGGACUGACAGAGUUUGGUAGCGACGUUUCCUGUAUGACCCUGGAUGCCCUGACGUCCAUGGCCGAACACUGUGCUAAGAAUCGUCAAGUGGUGGCGGGCUCUCAGCUUGAUCAUGCCAUGGAGCACUUUCUAAGGGUUUUAUUUGAUACCAUCGUGAGGCAGAGCUUUGAUAUGGAUAUCAUUCCAGCGGCUGGAGUUGCUUUCUACACACUCAUAUGUAGCCAUCAUGAAAAGUACAGUGAGCUGGUCAACAGCAUCCUCCGUCACCAACCAGAUCCUUCCAACUAUCAGCGAUUAGCUACAGCUUUCAGUCAGCUUACACCAAACAAUGAAGUCUUCAAUCUGGACCGUGCCCAUCGUAUCAAGUUCCAAUCCCAACUGGAGAGUUUCCUAGUCAAUGUCAGACCGUUGCUUAUUGUCAAGUGAUGGCAGUGUCCCAAGAGGGGUUGCAUGAACCCUUGGUGUCAGAGGUAGUGCGAUUGGUUCUUGAGGAUCGUCUCCUCUUCGUGGUAUGGCUUACUGCUCAAAGACAUUUACUCCGUUGAACUUGCCUUUAUGUCUGGCUCGCGCCCCUUGUAUCAAGUUCCAAUCUUAGCAGGAGCGUUCCCUUGUCAAUGUCAGAGCAUUUGCUCAUUGUGAAAUGAUGACCAUGCCUGAAGAUGAAUUGACCCGAGAUGUCAAGGUUAGCGCGAUUGGUUCUUUGUGGUUCACGAUUUCCUCUUUGUGGAAUGGUUUAUUGCGUAAAGACUCGUUAAUAUCUAUGUUGAACUUGCCUCUUCUGUUCAUUAUACGAACCACUUUGGCAUUAAGACAGCAUAUGCCCAAUAUUGCUGCGUUCUGUCUGGGCUGCUCACAACAUUCCAUCUCGAUCAGUGUUAGGGUUUCUAGAACUAAAGGUUCAAGAAUUGAAGGUGUAGGAAUUCAAUGAUUGUAACAUAACAGUCUUGAUAGUCUUUAUUGAAGGUCAUUGAAACUAUCAGCAUUGUGAGGAUCAAGGACUCGACAACUGAAGCAUUUUUGUACAUUGAUGACCUAGAUCAAAGAUCUUGCCUAUUGAGGAUGAAAACUAAGGUUUAAGAAUUCAAGAAUUUUUGUAUCUUUAUGAUCUUGAACUGAAAGUUUAUCAUUGGUAUCAACAUUCAAGAAUUCUUAUUUGCCCGUGUUGAACUUGCCUCAAGAAUAGUUGAAAGUACCAGAAGGGUAAGAUUAAAAAACUGAAAGGUGUUACAAUCUGAGCAUUUUAUUACCAUGAUGAUGUUUAUAUGAAAGUUGCAGUUCAAGUGAUAAAUGUGUAAUUAUUGUAAAUCAUGUUGUCUACAAAACACAUUGUCUUCCUCUGUCUUGGUUUACUCUGUAAAACGUAUCAGAUUACCGUGAAUGAAUGUGUUGUAAGGGCUUGUCUCAUGUUUGGUAACGUCAGCUUAUCUAUACAUCCCAGUGUUGUAUAAGAACAUGCCCUAUGGUGAUCAUAGGAGUGUGUUCAGAUGGAAAUUCAAAUAUUCUGUAUGGUCACUCCAUGGUGGAGUAUGAACAUGACCAGUAUUGAUCAUAGGAAUGUGUUCAGAUGAAUUGAUUAAUCCAAGUUUUCAAGUCUUUCAAUACAACUUUAAUGUACUUUAUAUUACUGUAUAAACAUGCCUUGAGAGCUGAGAUGGAGCAAUCAUUGCUUGUUUUCUUAAAUAGGCAAGUGUAUGUGCUGAACAUAAUUUGGUUAUUAGAGUAACCUGUGUGGGAGCAAAGGGAAAUUUUGAAACAUGAGAAAUCUUGAAGAAAAUCUCUUGCUCAAACUGUGUGUGAAUAAUAAAACAAUGUAUUUUGUACAUGAACUUUAUUAUUUGUAUAGUUAAAGCCUUAUUUCUGUAUUUCUUUGUUUUUUUCUUUGCUGUUAGGUCGAAUGUUCGUGUUAUAGAAACUAUUACAAUUGAAAAAGCAAAACUAAAACAAACAUAUUGAUAAUAUACAUGGAGACUACAAUUUAAAAUGUGAAGAGAAGUGAUUAUUAGGGGGAAGAUGUUUCAUGUAACUGCUUGAGAGCUACACACAUUAUGAAUGCAAGGAACAUGCUCUUUGUUACUAGAUCAGGUGCUACAAUAUGUCAUUUAAUUCCCAUCUGCUAAAAUCAAAGUUGAAAAUACGAUAUCUGCAAAAUAAUACAUGUAUUCUCAUCAUUAAAAAGCAUCUCAAUACAAAGUCAUUAGUAAAAAUGUUAGGUGGUUGAUAGGACAUUUAGCUCCAUAUGUUGUAAACAAGCACAUAUUUGGGUUUUCUGAUUAAUUGCAGAAGAUCAUGUCAUCAGUCAUACACAAUUAAGUCGUAGGUAACGUACAAAGAGAUGUAAGAAACAAUCGUCCUCUUUUGUGCUAGACAUUUAUUGGCAAUUACAAGUUAAAAUUGAGCUCUACUAUUGUUAUCAGUAUAUUUGUGUAUUUAUUUAUCUUUUUGUUCUGUAGACUGUAGCUACUUGCCAGUAUAAAAAAUAUCCAGUGUUAGGUUGGAAAACUGAAGAAAAAAAAGAUACCCCUCCAAACACACACACAACAAAAGUGUGUUAACCAUUCCAAUGAUGUGAGUAGACAAUGUACAGAAUUACUCUGUUUAUGUGUAACUU